GUGGUCUCUUGCAAAUCAUGAUCAGUUUGCACUGCAGCAUGCUGAUAUUUCUAAUUUCUACAUCACAGAGAAGAAUCGUAAUGAAAUAAAAAAUGGAGCAAUCCUUCGAUUAACAACAUCUCCAGCUCAAAAUGCACAGCAGCUCCAUGAGAGGAUCCAGUCUUCUAGUAUGGAUGCGAAGUUAGAAGCACUGAAAGACUUAGCCAACUACUCACGGGAUGUUACAUUUGCCCAAGAAUUUAUAAACCUAGAUGGCAUUUCCCUCCUAACACAAAUGGUUGAAAGCGGCACAGAACGAUAUCAGAAAUUGCAGAAGAUAAUGAAGCCCUGCUUUGGAGAUAUGUUGUCCUUUACACUGACUGCAUUUGUUGAGCUGAUGGAUCAUGGGAUUGUAUCGUGGGAUACAUUCUCUGUGGCAUUCAUUAAAAAG